AUGGAUGCAUUGAUCGAACCGUAUAGCCCAUUUAUAGCAGUAGUAUCAUCGAAAAAUGCAUUGAUCUCAAAUUGCAGCACCGUCGUGAAUACAGCUGUUGAAGCAGAAGUGAAGCUGGCUUCACGAAACCCAAAGAAGAGGGCCGGAAGGAAGAAGUUUAGGGAGACUCGACACCCGGUUUAUCGGGGAGUGAGAAUGAGGGAUAACAAUAAGUGGGUUUGUGAGGUGAGAUGGCCCAACAAGAAGUUGAGGGUGUGGCUAGGGACGCAUCCAACUGCUGAAAUGGCAGCCAGGGCACAUGACGUCGCAGCUUACGCCUUCCGGGGGCGAUCGGCGUGUUUAAAUUUUGCUGACUCGGUCUGGCGCCUGCCGAUCCCGAAGUCUAACAAUUUACAGGAUAUACAAGAGGCAGCCUCAGAAGCGGCGGAGGCUUUCAGACAAACGGAGGAUGUUGUCGAGAUUGUGGAAACGAAGGAGUUGCUGGAAACUCAAUUUAAAGUGGAUGAAGAAGAUGUUAUCGAGAUGCAGAAAUAUUAUUGCAGCAUGGCGGAGGGACUGAUGGUAGCGCCUCCUCCGACGGAGAGGUAUGGAAGUUAUGGGGAUAGCGUUGAAUUUUGUGCCGACGACUUUUUAUGGAGCUUUUAG